AUGGUCAAGCCGCUCUCCUUCAAAGGCGACAAGAAAGUCAAGAAGCGCAAGCGCGUCGCCGACGACACCGACACCGACGCGCCCGCUUCCAAGGCGCUGACCACGACCACCUCCACCACGGAUGCCGCCACGGACGACGACUCGUGGGUGAACGCCGAUGCGCCGACCGAUGUCUCGGGCCCCAUUAUCGUAGUUCUGCCUACAGAGCCGGUGACGUGCCUGGCGUGUGAUGCCAACGGCAAGGUCUUUUGCAGUCAGAUCGAAAACUGUGUCGAGGGCGACCCGGCGACGAGCGAGCCGCAUGAUGUGCGGCAAGUCUGGGUUGCGACGAGAGUCGCGGGAACGGAAUCUUUCAGUUUAAAAGGUCACCAUGGCCGGUAUCUGGGCUGUGAUAAGUACGGCAUACUGAGCGCGACAUCCACGGCUGUCUCACCCGCCGAGUCGUUCACGGUGAUCCCCAUACCAGACAACCCCUCCACGUUCGGGCUACAGACUGCACGGGAUACCUUCCUCACUAUCGACGACUCCAAGGCCAGCGGUCCAGAUGUGCGCGGCGAUGCGGAGGGCAUAACGUUCAAUACUACAUUCCGGAUAAGGAUGCAGGCCCGCUUUAAGCCGAGGCACAAGGUCGCGAAGGCGGAGAAGGCGUUGGAGAAGAUUAGCAAGAAGGAGCUGGAGGAUCUCAUCGGCCGAAGACUAGAAGAUGACGAGGUGAAGAAGCUAAGGAAAGCGAGGAGGGAGGGUAACUUCCAUGAGGUUUCGCUGGCGUACAAGGUGAAGACCAGCCACGACAAAUAUGCCUGA